AUGAGUUUAAAUCAAGUAGAAGCAAAAGAGACAGAAAUUCAAUAGCAAGAUCCAGAGGAAGAUUAAGAUAAAAGUGACAACAUUCCUCAGGAAUACAAUAAUAAUGAUGAAGAAGAAAUCGAAGAUAAAAAUAAAUCUAGUGAGGCUACUUCUUAAAGUUGCAAUGAUAUUGAUUAGAACUCUAACAACAAUAACUAAAAUGCAAACAAUAAUAACGGUAAAAAGACAGUAAUUAAUACUAGGCCUAAUGGCUCAAACAGAAAUGAGGAAGAGGGAAUUCAAAUAAGUGAUAAUGAUGAAUUCUAUGGAAUCAAUAAGCUGCUUUAUAAGAAACCAGACCAAAAUGAAAUAAAUGAAAUGCUAAAUAGAACUGAAAAUACUCCAAUACCAACUGCUUAUCCACCAGAACCAGGUUUAAAAACAGGAACAGAAUUUGUUUUGCUUCCAAGAAGCCCAGAAUUUAUAGCUACUUCUGAGCCCUUUGAGCCAAUGUAUAUUCCAAAGCAAACUAUAUUAGAAGAAUCUUUGCGCAGAGAAAUAGAGAGAAUAUGUUUUGCAGAUACAUUAAUAAAUCGUGUUGUAUUCGAUUGUGUAGAUUAAAGUUUGUACACUAAAGAUUUAGAGCCAUCUAAGUAUGGAAUGGAUGUUUUACCUUUCUAUAUUCCUCAGUCAUAAGAUGAUAUAACUUUAGUUUUUGAAUCUAGGUUUGAAUCAGGAAAUCUAAGAAGAGCUAUAUAAAUUUGCGAUUAUGAAUACAAUUUGAUAUUAAAACCAGAUUAUUAUACAACUGGACAUACUUAGUGGUAUUAUUUUUCUGUAGCUAACACUCGUAAAGACGUAGAAUAUCGCUUCAAUAUUAUAAAUAUGAUGAAGCCAGACAGUUUAUAUAAUUCAGGAAUGAAGCCUCUCAUGUAUUCUGAGAAGCAAGCUAAAUUUAAAAAACAUGGAUGGUAUAGAGAUGGAUAUGAUAUUUGUUAUUAUCAAAAUAAUAUGAAAAGAAAGAAUGCAGGAUUUUACUAUUCAUUAACUUUUGCUGUAAAAUUUUAAUAUGAUAAUGAUACUGUUUAUUUUGCACAUUGCUAUCCUUACACAUAUAGUUAGCUUUGCAGAUAUUUGAGAUUAGUUGAAAAUGAUCCUUCUAAGAGAAACAGAGUUAAAAGAAAGACUUUAUGCUAGACCAUAGCAGGAAAUAACUGUGACUUUUUAAUCAUCAGUGAUUUCAAUAAUGGAAAAGAGAAGAAAGGAAUAAUGUUAACUAGCAGAGUUCACCCAGGUGAGAGUAUGGCCAGCUAUGUAAUAGAAUAUGUUAUAGAUUUUCUAAUUGGAAAUUCUCAUGAAGCAAGAAUAUUGAGAGAGAAUUUUAUAUUUAAAGUUAUUCCAAUGCUGAAUAUUGAUGGUGUUCUAAAUGGUAAUUAUAGAUGUAAUUUAGCAGGAGUAGAUUUAAACAGACAGUAUAUAGACCCAAAUAAAAAACUUCAUCCUACUAUUCUUUCAACAAAACAACUCCUCAAAAAACUGAAAGAUGAAAAAGAAGUUCUGCUCUAUUGUGAUUUCCAUGGACACUCUAGAAAAAAGAAUAUAUUUAUGUAUGGCUGUUCUGGCAAGGAUCCAAAUAAAAGAGAACAAGUCUUUCCUCUUUUGAUGAGAAAUAAUUGUAAUGUAUUCUCAUUCAAAGACUGCUCAUUUUAAAUCUAGAAAGAUAGAGAAGGCUCUGCAAGAAUUGCAAUUUGGAAAGAAUUUAAUAUUCUUAACUGCUACACUCUUGAAAUAUCGUUUUGUGGAGCAGACCUAGGAAAAUAUGAAUAUUUCCACUUCAACCUUGACAUAUAUAAAGAAAUAGCCCAAGGGUUUUGCUAAUCUAUAAUUGAUUGCUUUGAGCCUGAGUAAUUAAAGGUAAAGAAGAUACAAGAGGAAAUUGAAUAGAUGAUGUCAAAGAAUGAAAGAAAAGAUGGUGAUAAGUAUCAAAACAGUGGUGAUGAAGACUCUGAUUAUUCUAAUGAAGAUCCUAAAGAUAAUGCAUAGAGCUAACCUACUAUACCAAAUUAAAAUGAUGCAAAUACAAAUAAUGAUAAACAAAAGCCUAAGAAAACAGGAAACUAAGCGUAAUCAGUUCCAAAAAAGAAAAAAUGA